GCAUGCCAGCAAAACCAUGUGAUGCGACACAAGCCGCAAAUUGCAAGAAGGAUGGGAAAGACUGCGUCCUCAUCGGCGACACAGCUCAAUGCGUUCCUCCCGGCAUGCCAGCAAAACGAUGUGAUGCGACACAAGCCGCAAAUUGCAAGAAGGAUGGGAAAGACUGCGUCCUAAUCGGCGACACACCGCAAUGCGUUCCUCCCGGCAUGCCAGCAAAACGAUGUGAUGCGACACAGGCCGCAAAUUGCAAGAAAGAUGGGAAAGACUGCGUCCUAAUCGGCGACACACCGCAAUGCGUUCCUCCAGGCAUGCCAGCAAAACCAUGUGAUGCGACACAAGCCGCCAAGUGCAAGAAGGAUGGGAAAGACUGCGUCCUCAUCGGCGACACAGCACAAUGCGUUCCUCCAGGCAUGCCAGCAAAACCAUGUGAUGCGACACAAACCGCAAAUUGCAAGAAGGAUGGGAAAGACUGCGUCCUCAUCGGCGACACAGCGCAAUACCUGUUAUUAUCCCUGAAACACAAGUAUUGCCAUCAGGACAAAGAAAAAAUGUAA